AUGAGCAGGAAAUCGGAAUGCAGCGAGGACUUGGCUCAUUUCUCUCAGUUGCAUUUCCUGGAUUUGCAGCCGCCUCCUCUGCUGAGAUCAUGUCCCAGGGAAAGCUGGAUCCUGCAGCGUAAACUCGCGGCAACGGGAGAGAGGAAGAAAGAGUCUCAACAGAUGAAAGCAGAGUUCCCAAGAGCUAGAAAUAUUCAUUACUUGAGCCCUGCUAACCUGUUAUUGCCUUUUUCAUUUUGUUCCCUUUUGCUUCGUCUUGGAUGUCUAAAAGGACAGUUGGAGCCAAUAAACGAGGGUCUGCUCGCUAGGAUCUCAGAUCUCUUGCUGUGCCGCUGGACUUGUAGGAAUUGUUGUCAGAAGUGUUUCGACUGUAGCUGUUGUCAAACCAGUGAGGAUGAAGUUGAAAUCCUGGGACCUUUUCCUGCUCAGACUCCCGCCUGGCUGAUAAGCAGCCAGAAUGAGGACAAGGAUGGAGACUCCGAUAAUAUGAUCAGCGAGUUGCCUCCCGCUCUCCAGGAUGCUUCCACUGACAGGCGGCGGUCGUCCUCGGACACAUCGCGUUCCACGUACAGCCUCACGAGGCGCAUUUCAAGUUUAGAGUCCAGGAGGCCCAGCUCUCCCUUAAUUGACAUUAAACCUAUUGAGUUUGGAAUUAUAGGAGCUAAAAAAGAAAUAGUGCAACCAACUAUCCUGCGAAAAACCUAUACCCCAGAUGACUAUUUUAGAAAAUUUGAACCAAGACUGUACUCUCUUGACUCAAACAGCGAUGAUAUGGACUCCUUGACGGACGAGGAAAUCUUAUCGAAGUAUCAGCUGGGUAUGCUGCAUUUUAGCACUCAGUAUGAUCUGUUGCAUAAUUACCUAAUAGUCCGAGUCAUUGAGGCUAAAGAUCUGCCUCCUCCCAUCUCUUAUGAUGGUUCAAGGCAAGACAUGGCUCAUUCCAACCCCUAUGUGAAAGUCUGCCUCCUUCCAGACCAGAAGAACUCCAAGCAGACGGGAGUGAAACGCAAAACCCAGAACCCGGUGUUUGAAGAGAGGUACACAUUUGAAAUCCCGUUUUUAGAAGCUCAAAGAAGAACUCUGCUUUUAACAGUAGUGGAUUUUGACAAAUUCUCACGCCAUUGUGUUAUUGGCAAAGUGUCGAUGCCCUUGAGCGAUGUAGACCUUGUGAAAGGUGGACACUGGUGGAAAGCCCUUGUUCCUAGUUCUCAGAUUUGA